GCGGCGGAAAAAACGAUUAUGGAAUCUGUCAGCGUUCCCGUUGCACGAAGUGAAGAAGGCUUAUCAAAGGAUCAAAUUGUUCGGAUUGAAAUGAAAGCAGUUCCUAUCGCCGCCUUUGGAGCAGAAUCGAUCCUUUUGCCUGAAUCUUCUCACGCCAAAAAUGUGAUAUUCCGAGGAAGAAAGUGCAUCACAUUCUGUUUCCGAUUGAACAGACCGCUAGCGAUGCAUUUUACCAGAAAAAUCAUAUUCCAAAAUCAGCUCGAUCGAUUUCAGAAG